CUUCCAAAUAAACCAGUUCGACUAUAACCUGGUCUUGUGUGAUUUUGAACUUCCUUUUUUUUAAAUGUUUCUACCCUGGGACGAAAUUAAAACACUUGUAACGCAGACAAUACGGCAGGCCUUCGAUGUUGAUAAAUUUUAAUUUCGCUGUGCAGUCUCGGAUGUGGAUUUGUAUCUCCCUUAGCGCCGGUCACAACCUCAGGAUAUUCCAAAGUGCUUCACCGCGAAUUGUUUGUGUGUGUGUGUGUGUGUUGGUUUUUAAAGUAAGAACAUUUCCUGCUGUAAUGGAGGAAACGCAGACGCCGUUCUGUGCACAGCAAGAUCCCACAAUAGUUCUCGUGAUGUUGAUUGGCAGAAAUGAAUAUUCGCCGCCGGGGCGUUGCGGAAAAUUCCGCUCAUCGUGAGCCCAGGGGGCGGGCAGGCCAAGGUUAGGAGUUAAUUUUAGAAAUCACUAUUACCAAUUCUGCUGUCACUUCAGGCGACUGUUUAACAUUAUAUUGACGGGGAUUAUAGUCAAACCUAAAGCAUUCUUCUCCAGUCCUAUCGAGUACGCCCGGCUGCGUGAGGUAACUAGGAGCGGAGUCCGGGUGAACGCUGUGUAGGCCGCAAUGACUUUGGCGACAGUUGUCACGGUGAUGGUUGCCAUGGGGACGGUCUCUCGGGUGACCCGAUCACCUGACCAGGUCGCGCUCCGCCUCGUCCGUUUGAAUCGAAACGGAAAGGGCGCGUGGGGUUUGAUGACCCCUCCCGCUCUCUGUCACUGCGGGAGGAAUGCUCGCAGCACCAGUGGAAUCCGCAGAACCUCCUAGCCGGACCUCCGAGGAGUGUUGAGCGGACGGGACUGAGGACAGAGAGGAAUGCUGCCACAGGCUGGAGAAUUUUAUUUUUUGUGGGAGAUUUGUUCAGGUGGAAUUGAAGAAGGAAAUACAGUGAGAACAUUUGGCAGGUUAACUACUUAUGAUGCUAGGAUCUCAGAGGCAAUUCUGUCUGUACAUCGCAACUCGAUCGAUUAUCAGCUUCAGGUCCGUACUUCACUGGUGGAACCAUUUGAAGCUCGCAUUGGGUCUGAGUAUAUGGUACUUGGAGAAAUUGAAACUGCAGCAGGUAUAUGUAGCAACAUUCCUGUGAUCCAAGCUCGGCUACUAAUGGAUGCAGAUGGAGUGAACUUGCCAUUACUGGAGCGUGCCGUACAAGAGCAGAGAAAGUACUUCCAACAAAGAGUUGCAAGGGAUGCCCUUGAAACUGAGAUAGAGACCAACAAAAGGGAUGUGUGAACAUGUACACAAACUCUCAGUGAACCUUGUAACUCCAGGUGAAAACUGAUCCGCCCGGCUCUGUUCUGUCUUGGACUGAGUCUGAAUGUGUAAAUCUGAUUUGUGGACACCAUGAUGUACUUAGCCAUUUAAAAUUCAUGCAGUUUUGCUUUUUGAAAAUGUUUGGUCAGUUCAGGUGAAAGAAACAUCCUGAUGGAGUGUUGCUUCUGUGCUUAAUUAGAGUCGCAGUACUUGAUGUUUCUGGAAUACUCUUCUGAAUGAUUGUGCUGUUUCAGGUCACCUCAUCAGUUCUCCGCUACAAUCCACAUGAUUCAAUAAUCACCUGGCAUCACUGAAGGAAAGAAGAUUUAAGUGCUGUCAUAAAUGCCCAUAUUUUCUCAGUGUUCCUCAUUUUCUGAUUAUAAAGUGCUAGAUUGAAGCCGAGAAGGAUAUUUCUUUUAAUGAUAUCCUUUUAGAAUAAAUCCUCAGUGGUAGAAGGCGAAA